AUGGAAGCAAGCAAAAAGUGGAAUCUCGUGUGUGACAACGACUGGAAGGGACCCCUGAGCACCUCCCUGUUCUUCGUGGGUGUCCUGGUCGGAUCUUUUGCCUCAGGGCAGCUCUCAGACAAGUUUGGCAGGAAGAAUGUGCUGUUUGCAACCCUGGCAAUGCAGACUGGCUUCAGCUUUGUCCAGGUCUUCUCUACCAGCUGGGAGAUGUUUUCAGUGUUCUUUGUGCUGGUUGGCAUGGGACAAAUCUCAAACUACGUGGCAGCAUUUGUUCUUGGCACAGAAAUCCUUGGCAAAUCAGUCCGUGUGCUGUUCUGCACCCUGGGAGUUUGCAUCUUCUAUGCCUUGGGCUACAUGUUGCUGCCACUCUUUGCUUACUUCAUCAGGGACUGGAGGAUGCUGCUGCUGGCACUCACCCUGCCUGGGCUGCUCUGCAUCCCUCUCUGGUGGGUCAUUCCGGAAUCUCCACGGUGGCUGAUCUCCCAGGGGAGGUUCCAGGAGGCUGAAGACAUCAUCCGAAAGGCUGCAAAAACCAAUGGCAUCACAGCCCCAGAUGUCAUCCUUGACCCCAGUGAGCUUCAAGAUUUGGAUUCCCAGAAGCAACAGACAUACACCAUUUUGGAUCUCAUGAGAACCCGAAACAUCCUCACCAUCACCAUUAUGUCAGUGCUGCUUUGGAUGAUAAUCUCCGUGGGUUAUUUUGGGCUUUCUCUGGACACACCAAACCUGCACGGGGAUGUCUACGUGAACUGCUUCCUGUCGGCAGUGACGGAGGUUCCCGCCUACAUCAUCUCCUGGCUGCUGCUGCGCAACCUGCCGCGACGGUACUCGAUGGCUGCCGCCUUGUUCUUGGGAGGCUGUGUCCUUCUCUUCAUUCAGCUGGUGCCUUCACAUCUCCGUGCGGUCUCCAUCCUGCUGGUGAUGUUGGGGAAGUUUGGGAUCACAUCUGCCUUUUCAAUGGUUUAUGUUUACACGGCUGAGCUCUACCCAACAGUAGUGAGAAACAUGGGAGUUGGAGCCAGUUCCAUGGCCUCCAGGCUGGGCAGCAUCCUCUCUCCCUACUUCGUUUACCUGGGUGCUUAUGAUCGGUUCCUGCCUUACAUCCUGAUGGGCAGCCUGACUGUGCUCUCAGGAAUUCUGACUUUAUUUCUGCCAGAAAGCUAUGGCAUGCCUCUGCCAGACACCAUUGAGCAAAUGCUGUUGGUGAAAGGAUUUGAAUACAGGCCUACAUCUGGUAGCACCAGGGAUUCCAAGGAAGAAGAAGAAAACCCAGAGAUUUUUAAAAGCACAGCUUUCUGAUGGAGCUCCUCUGUGUUUCCUGGUGGACUGAAAGCUCAAUGGACUUUUCUUCUAAUACUCAUUCUAGAAGGGGCUAGUGGCAACUUUGUUUCCUGUAAUUUUAACCUUAUUUAUUAAUUUAAGCACUGUAUUCUGUACAUUCUCUUUUUAUAUGAACAUAAA